CGGCCGCUUCCGGGCCCCCCGUUCCUUGGUAACAAUGGAGCAGAAAAUGGCCGCCUGAGAGGGGAGGGAGGGAGACGCUGCGGCUGUUUGGGGACGGACGGAGCGAGGCGACCCGGGACCGAGCCCGCUGAGGAGCGGGGAGAGCAGAGGACCGAGAGCUGGGGAGGCGGCGGCGGCGGGCGGUUGCUGGCUACAGUUAAGAUCAUAAGAAACACAGAAGCCUGUGCCUCCUUCAAACUGUUCAGGUUUAUAUUAACGAGGUACUCUCCCACUCAUCAAGAUGGAAAGCUCAGAUUCUAGUGAUAAAGGAAGUAUUGAUCAAUCAGAAGCACAACGUCAGAGUCAGCUAGAUCGAUUAGAUCGAGAAGAAGCUUUCUACCAGUUUGUAAACAACCUGAGUGAAGAGGACUACAGGCUUAUGAGAGAUAACAAUUUGCUAGGAACACCAGGUGAAAUUACUGAAGAAGAGUUGCUGAGAAGGCUACACCAAGUUAAAGAAGGUCCGCCACAGCAAAACAGUGAUGAGAAUAGAGGUGCAGAGUCCGCAGAAGAUGUUUCAAAUGGAGAUUCUAUAAUAGACUGGCUUAAUUCAGUCCGACAGACUGGAAAUACAACACGAAGUGGGCAACGAGGAAACCAGUCUUGGAGAGCAGUGAGCCGGACUAACCCAAAUAGUGGUGACUUCAGGUUCAGUUUGGAAAUAAAUGUCAACCGUAAUAAUGGGAACACAAAUCCAGAAACUGAGAAUGAGCCAUCUGUAGAGCCUUCCAGUGGGGAGGAUUUGGAGAACAGCCAAAGUGACUCUGAAAUUCCAAGGUCUGAAUCACCAUCUGUAAGGCAGCCUGGAUCAGAAAGGAGCACUUCGGAGGAGCUAACAGCUGAGGAAGCUUCCCCUCCUAGAGGGCAGAGGAGAGCGAGAAGUAGGAGUCCAGAACAGCGGAGAACACGGGCUAGGACUGAUAGAAGUAGGUCACCUAUUAAUCCAGUGAGUGAGACUCCUCGCAGGUCUCAUCUCAAUACAUCAUCUCAAACUCUUGACCACUCCUCAGUGAAUGAAGCUGAGGGAAGUUCUAGAACUAGGCAGCAUGUGACAUUAAGGCAGCAUACAGUGGGGACUGAGAUGCCAAGUGAAAAUGCAGUUCUGUUUUCGACCCCUGAAGCAAGACCUGUUCCUCAAGCAGCAGGUUCUUCAGAAACUAACAGCACCAGUGAGUCCGCAACUCCUGGGCAGAGGCCUCCUACCAUAGUACUUGAUCUUCAGGUGAGAAGAGUUCGUCCAGGGGAAUAUCGGCAAAGAGACAGCAUAGCCAACAGAACUCGGUCCAGGUCCCAGACACCUAACAACACAGUCACUUACGAAAGUGAACGGGGAGGGUUUAGGCGCACGUUUUCACGUUCAGAACGGGCUGGAGUGAGAACUUACGUCAGUACCAUUAGGAUUCCUAUCCGUAGGAUCUUAAACACAGGCUUGAGUGAGACUACAUCAGUUGCUAUUCAGACUAUGCUAAGGCAGAUAAUGACAGGCUUUGGAGAGCUGAGUUACUUUAUGUAUAGUGAUAGUGAUGCAGAUCCUAGUGGCCCAACUCCAAAUCAGAACGUGGAUGCUUCUGAGCCACAGAACGGAGGUGGUGGUACUUCAAGCAAUGAAAGUACAGAUGCUAGCUCAGGGGAGGUGUAUGAAGGUGGUAAUGAAGGUGGUUCAACAUCUGGUGCCAGACGGGAAGGUCGGAAUACAAGGGGAUCGGUCACAUUUGAAGAAAGUGGUUCUCUACCAUUCCUUAGCCUAGCACAAUUUUUCCUACUAAAUGAAGAUGAUGAUGACCAACCAAGAGGACUCACCAAAGAACAAAUUGACAACCUAGCCAUGAGGAAUUUUGGUGAGAGCGAUGCUCUGAAAACCUGUAGUGUGUGUAUUACAGAGUACACAGAAGGCAACAAGCUCCGUAAAUUGCCUUGUUCGCACGAGUAUCAUGUCCACUGCAUUGAUCGCUGGUUAUCAGAAAAUUCCACUUGUCCUAUUUGUCGCAGAGCAGUCUUAGCUUCUGGUAACAGAGAGAGUGUUGUCUAAAUGAGAUCUGAAUUUAUGGCCAAGCAGCUAGUGUGAUAGUGAUGGGCAAAGAAGUCACUUCCUUUAUGGCCACUUUUUGAGUGGUACCUCAAUGUAUAGUAAUGACUUGGAGUGAAUAUUCCCUCAUGAAAGCAUUUUCUCUGAAUUCAAGCUUUUAAAAUUGGGAAAUUUCUUUAAUUAGGGCUUUCAAGAUGUAGUCAGUUUGGGUGUUAAAUUUCACUUGUCCAAAGACAUCUACCCACUUAAAAAUAUUUUUUUCUUUGUGAAGUGUAUUAAGUUCUUUCCCCCCACCCAGCCCCUGCCAUUCCAGUCCAAUAACCAUUUUGUUCUCAA